GCGCCGGCGAACGAAGUCCUGCGUUGGGACGUCCACCACUUUAAUCUCGGAGAUGGUCUCUCAAGCCCAUAUUCAGGAUACCCAACACCAGAACUUGAUGAAGCAUGGGACAAACUUCUGGGAAAUAUGAAUAUCCGCCUCUCACUCGAAGAUCUGGAAGCUGUCGGCCGCGUCGAAGACGCCGUCGAGCUUCCUGAUGGUUCAGGUUACGCUGGAACCCUAAACAUUUAUCAUGAGAUCCAUUGCGUCAAGUGGCUACACGUCUACAUGUAUCAAGAGUACUACUAUCCCAAUCUCGACGAUGCUCAAAGGGAAGAAAAUCGCGAGCAUUCUGAACAUUGUCUCAAUCAGCUGCGAAGUACUGCAAUGUGCCAUGGAGACGUGGGCAUGGUGACCUAUAGUUGGGGAAAUGAUAGCAGGAAGCCAAAAGCUGCAGCUACGGCUCAUCAGUGUAUAGAUUUCGAGCGCUUGGCCGAGUGGACUCAGGAGCGGACGAUUGAUAUGUUUGAACCGGGUUAUCUUGUACAUCCCACGUACGGAGCUGUAUAUAGCGAAGAUGAUACUAAGGGAUUGAUGGACUGA